UUAAUUUCUUUGGAGUAAAUGGCAAUGCAUCGCAUUACUUCAUGGUUAUUUCUGUUAUUGUUUGAGUUUCUGUUUUUGCCUUCAAGAUAGAGAAGAUAUUAUUUAUUUAAAGUUAUUUUUUAAGCAUAGUAAAGCUUGCUUAAAAAAUGGAUUCUAAACUAGAGAUGGGGAAAAGUAAGUCUGAAUCCGUGAAAGUGGUUGUACGAUGUCGUCCGAUUAGUGAAAAAGAAGUUUCUGCCAAUUAUCAUUCUGUUGUAAAACUUCAUCCUGAUCGUGGUGCUAUAGAAAUACAAAGUACGAAGCAAAACUCAAAGAAUUUUACAUUUGAUGCUGUUUUUGACGGAGGAAGUCAAACUGACGUGUAUGAUGAAGUGUUUCGACCAUUAGUGGAUUCAGUAAUUAAUGGUUUUAAUGGGACAAUAUUUGCAUAUGGUCAGACAGGUGCUGGCAAAACUUACACAAUGGAAGGUGUAUUGGGUGAUCCUGAACAUGAAGGUGUAAUACCACAUUCCUUUAAACAUAUAUUUAGUCGAAUAGCACGAUCAGAAAAUACCCAGUUUCUUGUUUCUGCAUCAUACCUUGAAAUUUACCAAGAAGAAGUCCAUGAUUUGCUAUCUCCUGAACCGAAAAAGAAAUUAGAAGUGCGAGAAAGAAAUGAUACUGGUGUUUAUGUUAAAGAUUUAAGUGUUGUAGUGUGUAAAACAGUUCAGGAUUUAGAAAAAGUUCUAGUUCAAGGCAAACUCAACCGAAGCAUUGGAACAACGAAUAUGAAUGCUCAUAGUUCACGCUCACAUGCUAUUUUCAUCAUUAACAUCGAAUCUUGUGAGCCUGACUUAGAAGGUAGUCAGCAUGUUAAGAUUGGAAAAUUAAACUUGGUAGAUUUGGCUGGCAGCGAAAAGCAGAAGAAAACUGGGGCUGUGGGAUCAACUCAGAAGGAAUCUAUUAAAAUCAACCUUUCUUUAUCUGCAUUGGGCAAUGUUAUUUCUGCAUUAGUCGAUGGUAAAAGCACACACGUACCUUACAGAGAUUCUAAGCUUACCAGAUUGUUGCAAGAUUCUUUGGGUGGUAAUGCCAAAACUAUAAUGAUAGCCAAUAUAGGUCCUGCAAAUUAUAAUUAUGAAGAAACCAUCACAACCUUAAGAUAUGCAAAUCGAGCCAAGAAUAUUAAGAACAAACCAGUGGUGAAUGUUGAUCCUAAGGAUGCCAUACUAUUACAAUAUCAGCAAGAAAUAAAUACCCUGAAGGCUCAAUUAGCUCUUAAGGAAGCAAAGCGGAAGAAAAAGAAAGAAUCUCCCAAGAUAACCGAAGAAAAUGUUGAUGAAGAAAUUAAUGAUGCUAGCAUUGAAAUUGUGAAGAAAAUGGAAAAUCUUCUAUCUGAAGAGCGAGUAGCAUAUUUAAAUGAACAAAAUCUAAUGUCUGAGGAAAAAGAAAAGAUAAUGAGGGAUAUUAAAGCUAAAGAUGAAGAAUUGAGACUUGAAAAUGAAGCAAAAGAGAAAAUAAAUUCCCAGUUGCAGGAACUUGAAGCUAAACUUUUGUGUGGAGGAAAAAACAUAAUAGAUCAUACAAAUGAACAACAGCGAAUUUUGGAAAAGCGACGGCAAGAGUUAGCUGAUCAAAAGCGCAUUGAGAGAGAAAUGCAAAAGAAAUUAGUGGAAGAAGAAGAAUGUACUUUAGAGAAGAAAGAAACUUACGAUUCAUUGCAACAAGAAGUUGAAGUAAAAACUAAAAAGUUAAAGAAGCUUUUCCAACGACUCCAAGCUUUGAAAGAAGAUAUUAAUGAUGAACAAGAAAUAAAUUCUUUUGAAAGGCAGGAAAAGGAACAAACGAUUGAAACACUGACACGUGAUUUAAAACUAUCAAAUCUGGUGAUCGACAAUUUUGUAAAUCCUGAAGAUAAAACUAAGUUUUUGGAACAUGUGCAAUAUGAUGAAGAUGAUGAUGCUUGGGUUAUAUUUCCUACUGAAAUGUCUUACUCUCAUUUUAAUCCUGCUGAGCGACCAUCAUCAGCAAAUGAGUUUCGCCGACCAAUGACUAGUCAUGCAAUAAAGAUGACAAGAUUGUCAGCAAGACCUCGAUAUAGAAGUGAAAACAUUGUUGUUGUGGAUUUCGCUGUUCCACGUAGUAGAACAAUUGACCAUUAUGAACCAGAAAUAGAUCCAUAUGCAAGAGAAGCUAUUAGAAAGUUAUUGGCGGACCAAACAAUAAAUGUACAACAUUUUAGGCACAAUUCUGAUAAAAGUUCUGAACCAGUCCAAAAGUAUGGUAGAUUUGGAAUCAGAGCAUCCUCAAAUUGUGGUCGUCAAAUGAAAACUAAAGUUGAUGUGGAGCAGUAUCCCGUUCCUCGUGGCCUCGUUCCAAAAUGAUAAAUUUGAAUGCAACUCAAAUCUACCGUCUGUGAUAUAUUUAUUUUAAUAACUUAGUUUUUUAUUUUUUGUAAAUGAUGGUGAUGAAUGCUUUUUGUGUAACAUGCCAUAAUGUUUUUGUUCUCAGGUCAACAUUAUUGCUCACCAUGUUGUAAAUGUAGUUAUCAAAUUUAGCAUGCACUGAGGAAUUCUAUAUAACCUCAAUGAUUGGCAAUUCAGCGAAUUUUAUGUCUAUGUUGAAAUUUUGGCUUGCUUAUCGAAACAGAGAGUAUGUAGAAAACAUAGAUAGUGGUUCUAGUCAUAAACAUAAUUUUAUUUAGAACAAAUCUUGGAUAUUUAAUUAGUUGAACUAAAUGAUGUAAUUUAUGCCUACUGUAUGAUUAGUCCCUUUGAAAAAGUUAUUUUUGUUAUUGUUUAAUUUUAGACUUAUUUGAUGAUUGUAUGUUGGUAUUAAGAUCUAUACUGUGAGAAGUUAUGAACAAGUAAAAUUACUUAAAACAAA